ACAGUGUGGUUAAAGGUAACAGCUGUUUGUAGAAUGAAGUUAAAAUUGUUCACAUUUAUUAAUUACAAAAAUGAAUGAUAGUACGAGGAAAAUUAUAAACCCGUUAUUUAAUGUAGCUGUAACUGGAGGUACACUCGAAGAAUUCUCACAAAAUGCCAUUCUGCUUCCUGCUAAAGAAAAAACACCUCCGCCUACUUUAAAUAUAUCUCCUGAUCAACUUUUAAGUACAAUAAUUCCUAGAAGCAGUCCUCAAGAUAUAGCUACUUCACCUCCUGCAAAUUCGGGACAACCUGAACAAAUUGAGCAGCUGGGCCCUGUCCCUACUGUAUAUGAAAAUUAUACCCAACAAAAUAAUUUACAAACGUCAUCGAACACCUCGCAGCAAACUUCAAAUUUGUCGUCGGUGUUUUCAUCUUUUUCUAAUAUUUUAAAUUUAAGACCACAACAUACCACCACCAGCACCAUAGAAGAAGUUGUACCACCACCAGCUGGAAUUGAUAGUUUUAUAAAUCAAGAAAAUACCAACGUCGAGCCGGUACCUCUUUUUCCUGCUCUAUCAAUUCCACAGUCAAAACCACAGGUUGAUCAAGGUCCAGUAAAUCUUUUCCGAAGACCAGGUCUGAAACGUCCAACGUAUGCCAAAGUGCCUGGUCUUUCUAGCUCAAAUAUAACUCAAGGCCAUCAAUCUGCAGGAAAUUUACUACCACCACAUAUAGCACCACCUGUACCUGCCCAAUUAAAUCCAUCUGUAUCUGCACAGUCAGUUCAAUCUUUUCAGGUCGAGCCAUCAGCAUCAGUAUUUUCUGGGCCACCACAACAAUUUACACCUGUAUUUCCACCACCAGUUGUAUCAAGUUCUUCACAGCUAGUUGUAGCUACAGUUCCAGAACCACUCCCAUCUGUGCCACCACAACAAUUUGUACCCUCAUAUCAAGUACCAUUAACACAACCAGAGCCACCUGUUCCAACUGCUGCCACAUAUUUUUCUGAACCAUUUCCUUCGAAUAAGGAGCCUUUUUUACACCAAGACCUACCAAAUCAGUUCAAGCCUAUUUCACCACCACCUCCAAGUUUAAAUGUGCAAUCACAAAUUCCUCAGCCGUUACCUACUGUACCAGCACAGCCAUUAGGGCAAUUUUUACAACCUUUUAAAGCUCCGACUUUAUUUUCUGUUCCUUCGUCCCAACACCAAAGUCCUGUUAUGCAUGCCAUUCCAGCAAGUGAAGCUUUGCAAAAUAACAAUCUGAACUCUACUAACAUGUAUGCACCAACAAAUAUUGGAUCUGAAAAUAAUGUACCCAUAAAUCAAGUAUACAGACCUGUGUACCAUCACUGGUUUUUUCAGAAGGAGACGGAAGGGAAGAAGCUUUGGCAACCGUUCUCUAUGGUAGAUUCACUAAUUUUAGAACAAGCUUUUACAUCAAAUGAUUUAGAUCCUGAUAAAGUUAUAGCCACCGAUGGAGGUAGAUAUGACGUGAAUAUUUUACGAAGACAAAGAACACCAGUCUAUUGGAAAGGUGCACCUUCUGAAGUAAGGAGGUGUUCCUGGUUUCAUAAAAGUAGCCCUGACGGAAGGUUAGUUCCAUACGAAGAAAAUGUUGCAACAAAAUUAGAAGACGAAUUUAAAACAGCCUUCGAACUGAAUCAGUGGCACAGAAAAGUGGAGUUGGCCAAUGGAGAUUCAGUGGUAAUACAUGGACCUGACGUUUUAGUAUUAUUUCCACCAUCUCAAACACCAGACGCCUGGGGUAAUACACCAAACCAAACUCGACCCAGGGUUGUUAAACGAGGGAUGGAUGAAUUUGACAUUGACGAAGGUGAACCAUCUCAAGUUGACCACAUUUUAUUUAUGGUUCAUGGCAUUGGUUCUGUAUGCGAUUUUAAAUUUAGAGCAGUGGAAGAAGUGGUGGAUGAGUUUCGUAACAUCGCCCUUCAGUUAGUGCAAUCCCAUUAUAGAACAUCCUGUGAAAACGGAAUUGUAAAUAGAAUAGAAGUUCUUCCAAUUAGUUGGCAUUCGAAAUUGCAUUCUGAUGAAACCGGCAUAGAUAAUCAGUUAAAGAGCAUAACUUUGGAAAGUAUUCCCAAGCUGAGAGAUUUUACAAAUGAUACCUUACUCGAUAUAUUAUUUUAUACAAGUCCUGUGUAUUGUCAAACUAUUAUAUCUACCGUUGGGAAUGAAUUAAAUCGUGUUUAUGACUUAUUUAAACAACGAAAUCCAACUUUCAGUGGUGGAGUGUCCCUUGCAGGUCACAGUUUAGGAUCGCUCAUUAUUUUUGAUUUAUUGUGCCAUCAACAUUCUGAGCAAGAAAAAGACGAUGAAACCGAGAAUGUUCCAGAGGAUGAUAUAUUCCCACCACAAGAAGCUUCAAAACCUUCACCUCUUCAGCGGAAAAUGAGAAGAAGGAUAAGUUACAUGAUGGGCUCUGUAGGGACGGGCCAACCACAGAUUUAUUACCCUCACUUAAAUUUUGAGCCUAAAACAUUUUUUGCUUUGGGAUCUCCUAUAGGUAUGUUUGUAAUCGUAAGAGGCCUAGAUACGCUGGGUGAAAAUUUUUCUUUACCCACAUGUCCUUCCUUCUUUAAUAUAUUUCAUCCUUAUGAUCCAAUUGCAUACCGUAUAGAAUCUCUUAUCCGUCCAGAUUUAGGCAAACUGAAGCCUGUGCUAAUUCCUCAUCAUAAAGGAAGGAAGCGAAUGCACCUAGAAUUGAAGGAAACAAUGGCACGUGUUGGGGCUGAUUUGAAACAAAAAGUAAUGGAUUCGAUGAAAAGCACAUGGAAUUCGUUUUAUCAGCUUACCAGGUUCCACAAGCCUGAGCAAUCAUCACUGGAAGAAGAAGUACAAAAAGCAUUCCAAAAUGAAUUAGAGAAUAAAAUAAAUGCAGAAGAAGAACCAACUCAAGAAGUAACAGAUAUUCCACUUGGUGCCCUUGGCGGUUUGAAUAGAGGAAGAAGAGUAGAUUACGUUCUACAAGAAGCUCCAUUUGAAUUCAUUAAUGAAUAUAUUUUUGCUUUAACUAGUCAUGUUUGUUACUGGGAAUCAGAAGAUACUAUAUUGCUAAUGUUAAAAGAAAUCUAUACGUCUAUGGGAUUUUCAACUGAUAAUCAAAUCCCUCAGCAGACAAUGACAAUUGAACGGCCUUCAUCAUCUCCUACGCAAUUAGGAACAGAUUUCACUAGCUCGAGUAUAGUGGGUAUGGACCCCACAUGCCCUAUUCAACUUCAUUCAAAUUUACAGCCACCGCCUACAACAGGAUUUGUUAAGAAAACAUAGUAUAUGCUUUACGAGUGGCUAUAUCGACCCUUAGCCCAACGAUAUGCUCCCUAUUUAUUAUACAAACCUCGACAAAAUAUCAAACAAAAAAGGCAAAUUUUAAAAACUGACAAAGCCUUUUAGGCUGUGAAGUUCCAAAUGUAUAUUUUUGUAUGCGCAGAUUAAAAGUUUUAAGUGAUAAAUUAUUUAUACUAGUUGCCUAAUUUUUAAAGUUGU